AAACUUUGAAGAAGCAACAACUCCCCUGGAAGGAAACUAUAAGGAACGGAAUUUCUUUUCCACUUAGAAUUUUAAAAGGAAAAAAAGCAAAACUUUAGUUUCUCCUUUCAUCAGCUAAACCUGCGCUUUUCUAACCAAGCUGGGACGCUGUAAAAUAAAGGAUCUACUUCAUCUCACUGGAUCCAUGCUGCAUUUUACUACAUAUGUUCUUGAGGAAGAAGUGCAGAUAUGGGUCACGAAAGCUGCAGUUCCUCUCGCUGCUGCUGAUGCUGGGCUUCGUGCUACUGAUGGUUACGAUGCUGAACCCACCGCCCAGCAGCAACCAGAGCAAGGACGGGACCUUCGAGCCCGUGGAGUUCAGCCCCCGGGACGGGUAUCGCAUGGACUUCGCGGAGACCCAGGAGCUGCUGGAGACCCAGGAGGAGAGCCAGCAGUACUACCCUCUGGACGGGCUAUCCCCCUUCAUCUCCCUGCGGGAGGACGAGCUGAUCGCGGCCGUCGCGUCGCCCGCGGGCAAACGCAACCACAGCAGGGCCAGGAAGGGCUACCGCGUGGUGAAGCGGUGCCUACAGCAAGAGUAUGACUCCAGUCUGCCUACUGCCAGCAUCAUCAUCUGUUUCCAUGACGAAGCCUGGUCUACUUUGCUGAGAACUGUGCACAGCAUUAUGGACACAGCGCCAAAGGCCUCCCUCAAGGAUAUCAUCCUGGUUGAUGAUCUCAGCCAGCAAGGGCCCCUGAAGUCAGCUCUGAGUGAAUACAUCUCUAAGCUGGAUGGUGUGAAACUCAUCAGGAGCAACAAGAGGCUUGGAGUCAUCCGAGGUCGGAUGCUGGGAGCUGCACGGGCAACUGGGGAUGUGCUCAUCUUCAUGGAUUCACACUGCGAGUGUCAGAAGGGCUGGCUGGAGCCCCUCCUAGCCAGGCUGUCCAGCAACCGAAACAGCGUCGUCUCCCCUGUCAUAGAUGUCAUAGACUGGAAGACUUUUCAGUACUAUCACUCUGUGGGCCUGCAUCGAGGUGUUUUUGAUUGGAAACUAGAUUUUCAUUGGGAACCAGUGCCAGAGCAUGAAGAGAAGGUACGACAGUCUCCCAUCAGCCCUAUCAGGAGUCCUGUGGUAGCUGGUGCAGUGGUGGCCAUGGAUCGACAUUACUUCCAAAACACUGGAGCUUAUGAUUCUGACAUGACCAUGUGGGGAGCAGAAAAUCUGGAACUGUCUAUAAGGACCUGGCUCUGUGGUGGCUCAGUAGAAAUUAUUCCAUGCUCCCGAGUUGGGCAUGUCUAUAGAAAUCACUUUCCCCAUGCUUUCUCCUAUGAAGAGGCCAUUGUGAGGAACAAAAUCCGAAUAGCAGAGACCUGGCUGGGCUCUUUUAAAGAGAACUUCUACAAGCACGACACAGUGGCUUUCCUAAUCAGCAAGGCAGAGAAGCCAGACUGCAGUGAGCGCCUUCAGCUACAGAAAAGACUGGGCUGUAGAAAUUUCCAGUGGUUCAUAUCAAAUGUGUACCCUGAACUCUCCCAACCUGAAGACACACCAAGAUUCUCUGGCAAGCUUUUCAAUACUGGUGUUGGCUUCUGUGCAAAUUACAGACCUGGAACAGCUAUUGCAGAAGGCUCUAUUGAACUGUCCCAUUGCAGUGACAGUCUCACCCAGCACUUUGAAUAUAACAGCAUGAAGGAAAUCCGGCUUGGUUCUGCUCCACUGUUUUGCUUUGAUGUCAGACACGGGAAGGUUAUCCCUCAGAACUGUACCAAGGAGACAGAUAACAGCCACCAGCACUGGGAUGUCCAGGAGAAUGGAACAAUUGUCCAUGUCCUUUCUGGCAAAUGCAUAGAGGCAGCAAAGAACGAGGAUGAGAAGAAUUUGUUUUUGUGUGGAUGUGACAACAAUGCAAACCAGGUGUGGCAAUUUGAACGUUCCCGUGAGCUACAUCAGAGAUGACUGACAGGUCUCAGUGGAGGCCAAGACUCCAAAAUUUAACAUUACUUCUCUUUAGGAUUUAAGAUACAUUUCCUGCUUGGACAAGAAAGAUGUUUGUGUUUGCUGUAGCAUGCAGGGAAGUUAGGAAGGUCACUCCUUUGAAAGCCUGACUCAAAUAGUUGCCACCAGUUCCUGGCUUAUUCAGCUUUAGCUAAAAUUUUUGUUUAUUCUGUGAAGUAGGGAAU